AAGCAAGGAGUUACGAUGGUUCUCAUCAAGGAGUACCGUGUGGUUUUACCCUGUAGUGUUGAGGAGUAUCAAGUCGGACAGCUGUUUUCUGUGGCUGAAGCGAGUAAAAAUGAGACGGGUGGUGGUGAGGGCAUUGAGGUACUCAAAAAUGAGCCCUAUGAAAAAGAUGGAGAGAAAGGACAGUACACGCACAAAAUCUACCACCUUAAAAGUAAAGUCCCAGGGUUUGUCAAGCUCCUUGCCCCUGAAGGCUCCCUGGUUUUCCAUGAAAAAGCUUGGAAUGCCUACCCUUACUGCCGAACCAUUGUGACGAAUGAGUAUAUGAAAGACAGUUUCUUUAUUAAAAUUGAGACGUGGCACAAACCAGACCUUGGAACACAAGAAAAUGUGCACAGAUUAGACGAAGCCACAUGGAAGACUGUCACUGUUGUGCCCAUUGACAUUGCAGAUGGAAGUCAAGUGUCCAAUUCUGACUACAAGCCAGAUGAGGAUCCCGCCACAUUCAAGUCUGUCAAGACUGGCAGAGGACCACUUGGACCGUACUGGAAGAAAGAGCUGGUUAGUAAAACUGAAUGCCCAAGGAUGUGUGCCUACAAACUCGUCACAGUCAAGUUCAAGUGGUGGGGCCUGCAGACAAAAGUGGAGAACUUCAUCCAUGAGCAAGAGAAAAGGAUCUUCACUAACUUCCAUCGCCAACUCUUUUGUUGGAUUGAUAAGUGGGUGGAGCUGAAUAUGGAGGAUAUCCGCAGGAUGGAGGCAGAAACACAGAGAGAGCUGGAUGAGCUUCGCAAACGGGGUGAAGUGCGAGGAACCAGCGCUGCAGACGAAUGAAAAGGCAAAAGAUUUUAAACACCCACGAUGACAGCAGUGAUGGAGACUGCUAAGAGGGCUCCGUUGGUGCCACUUUAUACCUUAACUGAUUCAGGCUGUGGAGGAGGGAGCACUGCUACCUGCAAUCAAUAGAGCAGAUCCCUGAUUUGAACCCAAUCAUAGACAUUCUAUCCAGUGAGGAAUUGAUUUCUAGAAACCAACACGAUCCUAGCUGAUAAGACUCUGGUUAAUUUUGAUCUCCUGGGCAGAGAAAGGCCAGCUAUCAGCAUCAUGUUAUUGAAACCUAGCCUUCGGGAGAAAUAUGAAGAGGAGCGGUAUAUAGAUGUUUUUACACAAGCAAAAUUCAUCAGCUUGAUUCUAGAAUGGUAUGUGGUGGACCAAAUAUUUGCUCUGUAUUAUUUACUUUUUUCUUCUUCUUCUUCUUUUUUAGCAGCGUUUCCUCCAAAACAUUCCUCACCAGGUGAUGCCCUGUAUGACCUCUCUUUGUCUCCUCUUUGGUCUUAACUGUGCACACUGUUGCUCAGUGGUUUGCAUUCCCUGGCAGGAGACUGUUUGUCAUACUCAUGUUCCUUCCUGCCACAGCCUCCAUUAAGUGAUUACUAACACCCUUGGCGCCUUGGCCCAUUGUAAUCCUUCUCCCAUCACCCCACCUUACCCAAAGCACUGCAUCUUAUUAACACUGACAAUCAUGCCUGUACAGGUAUUCACUCUCGCUGUCAUACAGAGUUAAUAGAAACCCCCCCUCCCCAACACACACACACAUAUGCAUAUGACACAUUCAUUGCACACCUUACAAAAACGCAUUUCAACUCAUUCUUGCGCAUAUACACACAGUCUCCCAGGUGUGGAUACCUUUGCGCUGACUGAUCUCUUAAAAGCCCUAGAUGGGCCGAUCCCUGCAAGCUUGUUACUUUGGAUGUGUUUACAGCUCUCGCCAACACCCCACCCCCAACCCUCCCUCCACCCUUGCUAUUCUGAAGACAUUCACACAUAACAUACAACACAGCAUUCACCUCCCUAACAGAUGUCCCUAGAGGAAAAACUGCACUGAAAAACAGCCACAGAUGGUGCUACACCCCUCCAGCCUCUGUCACAAGCCUAACUGUACUGCAGUCACCCAGCCCACCCCAGAGGCCCGUCUCACUCAUCUGGUUCUCCGAGGUAGACGGUUUCCAACAGGCCGCCUCCUCUCUGCUUCAUUCCAUCCAUGUUUACAGAUUCAUAAUUGCCUUAUCAGUGUCCAGUCAACACCAGCACCACGCACUGCUUGCCUUAAUCUCUGGACCUUUAUACCUAUUAGACCUGUUACACAUAUUGUACCUCUGCUGCCAGCUAUUGCUCUAGCUACCUCCCUCUUUUCUGACUGGCAGUUUUCCCUGAUGCCUAAGGGUUAGCAUUAGCUGUUAGCUGCUACUUGUUAGGACUAAAUCUUGGCAGACAGAGCUUUAUUAGCUAAGUUGUUUGUGAUGACUCUCAAUUUUUCUUCAGGGUAUGGAACUGCAUGCUAUUCGUCAUGUUUCCCAACACGUGUCACAGCACCUGAGCAAGUGCAAUUCCUUCAGCAAGCAAAAAAUGUGUUAGUUGCAGCCAUAACAGCCAGUGCACACUGGUGUCACUGAAAAGGGCUGCAGAUUUUCAUCGCUGCCUCAGACCAGCUGUUGGAUAGAUAUGCCAUAAUAAUGAGUCUUGAUUCUCAACUCUAAAGCGCACUUUCUCAGUUUAGGCUUCAGAACCACAUGGAAUGAACCCCCAGCGUUGAUUCUCAGUAGUGUAAAAAAAAAAAAAAAAAAAAAAGCUUUUUAGAGUUGUAUUUGAAGACAGAUAUAUAAUUCUUGUUGCAAAGAUUCUAAUGUUUUUAUUUUCUGUCAGUCUACUGAGGGAAAGUGAUCAUUUCCUCAAUAAUGGCUUAUUGGCUUGUCCAAAGAGUGUAAAUGGAUUUCUGAUAUGUUUACGUGUUGAGCAAUUGUUGAUUAAUAUAGGAAAAUUAGGAAGCAGUUGUCUGAGGUAACAUUUUUCAAUGACAAAAUUCUCAGGUGAACAAUCGCAAAGAUCUUUUUUUUUUGAUGUAGUUGCUCAUCAGUUGCGCCAAAUAAUUGAUGUCCUUCUCCACUGUGGGAAAUAUGGCAUGCCAGUUUUAACAUCAUAAGAUGGUCAUGAUACAGCUUAUUCCAUGUUGUCACUGUAUAUUGGAGACAGACACCUGGUCUUUGUUACUGUACUAGAAUUACAGCCAUGGAGAAAUGUGGAACAGUUGGUCUACAGUGUAAUCAGUGUUUCCAAGUCAAUCUUAAUGAUUCCUGCUGUCUGUUGAAUAACAGACCCAAUGGCUUAAGACAAUAACCUAAAUCAAUUGUUCACCAUAUGUCAAGACAAUGAUAUUGGUGAGAGGAAGUAUUUACAAAGCAGCUGUACAGUCUUAUCCUAAUUUAUGAAAUACACAACUGUUUAAUUACCGAUGGCGUGCUUUUUAAAGGUUCUGAUCAGCUUUUGAAAAUCAGGGGACAUGGUAGUGAAUGUAUGAUAUAUUGUGCCUUUUCUUCUGUAUAUCUUUUUGUGUGCCAUUAAGUCUACACAUUGUUCCUAAGUAUCAAUAAAUUUUGUCUCUAAAAUAAA